AUGUUCCAGAAUGUCGUCGAAGCCCAAUCCAUGCUCAGCCCAAAUCUGCAAUUCAUAGCAUUCGCUGGGGGGACACGAGGGUACGGCAUUUACGUCCCUGGAGGCACCUUCAGCCCGCCAUUGACAGAGGACAUGGUCAAAAACCUGCCGCCUGACUAUGCCAAGACAGUCGUGUAUCCGGCAUAUCGCGAGCUUCUGAGCACGGCGAGCGAGGGUAAAAAUUGGACAUGGUGUGAGAUUGGUUUCACUCCGAACGGUUCGCAGUUCAGUCUUGCUCUACACUGGGCUCAGUAUCUUUCUUUGUAUGCCUAUAACCACGGCAUCGGGCCAUGCACAACGGACGCUCAGCCAAGCGCCGUCGAAGUACCGUUUCCCGGUAACGCGGCUGGUGCCAGCUCGUUAUUCUCCCCUGCUUCGAGCAGCAUUAUCGCUCGUUUCAUGAUAUACGCGUCGCUGCAUCCCGAAACGUGCGGUGAUGGCAGGCUAUUCAAUAUUGCCGACAACGAGACCCCGUCUACAUAUGGCGAUAUCUGGGCGCAUUUAGCGAAAUGGUUUGGCCUGGUGGGCGUUGGACCAGCCGAGACCUCGCAAGCUUCGGAUAAUGCAUCGUUGGGAGUUGGCAUGCUUCUUACAACUUCAGCCCCGACGCCUGGAGAGUAUGUCGCCAAGUACAGGGACAUCUUCGGGCAACAUGGUCGUGUCAAAGCCGCCAAUGGAGGUGUUGGAGUCGGCAGCCGCCAGUUGGAUAGCGUAGGAUACUGGCUUACUUUCGAUCGACAGAUGAGCCUGACAAGGUUGAGGGAGACCGGGUUUGAAGGGGCUAAAGAUCCUGUUCAGGGCUGGCUGGAUGCCUUCGAGAUGUUCAGAAAGGCUGGCCUGAUCCUCUGA